AUGACCUACUUUGUUAAUAUUAAUCCAAACUUUUGUGCUCUGAAGUAUGAACCACGCGGUAACCUUAUCAUCUCAUUUGAUCCCUCGGCACCCAAUUGGGUCGAAGAAAUUACAGUCAAACUUCACCUUCCAGGUUGUACAAAAGGAACAUACGGUAAUUUGUGCAACAUACAUUGCUCUAAACAUUGUCAAGAGAACAAAUGUAAUAUCAUCAACGGAACAUGUCUAGGAUGUAUACCUGGAUGGUCUGGAAAGUUCUGUCAAACACCAUGCGCUAGUGGAUCGUACGGUCAAGACUGCAAAUUUCGCUGUUCGGAACACUGUCAGGAUGGUAAAACCUGUAACCCAGUGACUGGAACCUGUGAUGAAGGUUGCGCUUCCGGAUGGACACGACCAAAGUGUAAUGAAUCAUGCAGUUAUGGGCAUUAUGGACCAAACUGUGCUUUAAACUGCAGUGGACAUUGCUUAAAUGGAAACACUUGUAACAAGGAAACAGGGCAUUGCGACUCAGGAUGUACACCUGGGUACGUCGGAUAUUUGUGUGAUAGAGUAUGUAACCAAGGCUGGUUUGGUGACAGAUGUACUCAGCGUUGUAGUGGACAUUGCAUCAAUAAGAAAACGUGUAACAAUGUAGAUGGUUAUUGUCCAAAUGGCUGUCAAAAUGGCUAUUUUGGGAAUAUGUGCGACAAAUCUUGUACGGCAGGUUUUUACGGUACAAACUGCUCUAAAACGUGCUCUCAGAAUUGUAAUGAAAAAUGUAAACAUACCGAUGGAUCCUGUUUGUGUAAAAUUGGUUGGACGGGUUCCCCAAAUUGCAGUUCAGAAUGCCCUCAGAAUAGGUAUGGUGUGGGCUGUAUUCAUUUCUGCAGCCCGAAUUGUGUUAAUGAUACUUGUGAUAGAUUUAAUGGAAGUUGUACAGAAGGUUGUAAAGAAUCAUAUUUUGGAGAAAAAUGUAGUGAAAAAGAGGGAACUUUUCGCCUUCACUCUGAUAGUACGUCUGUGCAACCACUUACCAUUGGUGCGGUUUUAGGAGCAUUUGCCAUAGUUAUCAUCCUAAUUGCACUGCUUGCUUUAUUUAUGCGAUUCCGACAAAGAAUACACAAAGGAACCAGCAAUGCUUCUGUACCGAUACAAAUGUCCACAGUAACAUUCCAAAAUCAAAAAGCUGCAGGUGCAACAUUUACAAAAAAGAAAAGUAAAGAAAGAAAUGAUCAUCAAUUACAUAAUGUCGAAGAAAUGGCUAAGAGAGGCCCACCUACAAAUAAAACCAUUCUUACAAGGAAUUUACAGACCAUCAUAGCCAAAAUGUCUGCUGCUGAAAAUGCUGGAUUCAAACACGAAUACCAUGAAAUUCCAAGAGGAGAAUUGCUUUCCUGUGAAGAAGCUAAGAAGCCUGAAAAUAAACCUAAAAACAGAUACACGACUACAUUUCCAUAUGAUCACUCCAGAGUUGUAUUGAAAACCGCGUCUCCAAAUGAAAGUGACUACAUUAAUGCUAAUUAUAUUGAGGAUACACAGAGUAAUCUCAAGUAUAUUGCAACUCAAGGCCCAAAACCCAAAACAGUUGUUGACUUUUGGAGGAUGGUGUGGCAGGAAUGUGUAACCGUAAUUGUUUGUCUGACAAAUCUAAAAGAGGGGGCAAAGAUUAAAUGUACUCAAUAUUGGCCGAAUAUUAACGACAAAAUGCAGCAUGGUAUUUUUAUAAUAAGAAACCUGGAAGAGAAAAUAUGUGCUAAUUACACGUCCAGACGCUUCAAAGUGUGCAACAAUCUCGAAAGAAAAGACCGUGAGAUGCUGAUGUUUCACUACACAAGAUGGCCAGACCAUGGGGUUCCUGAUCCACUAAGUCUUGUUGUGUUCCAUCGUCAUGUGAUGAAAACGUCACCACAAACUGGGAAAUAUAUAUUGGUGCACUGCAGCGCUGGAAUUGGAAGAACCGGAACAUACAUAGCUUUAGACGCCCUCUAUCGAGAAGGGAAGAGAAAUGGUCAAGUUAAUGUACCAAUGUAUGUCAGGACCAUGAGAAAAGACAGAAUGAACAUGAUACAAGGCGAUGACCAGUACAGAGUCGUUUAUCUCGCACUUUGUGAAUCGUUCAGUGGUAGAUCCAGAUGUUUGACAGCUGAAAAACUCUCACAACAAUCGCAAGAUAGAUCUUGCUACACAAACUGUGGGGAAGUUGCUCAUGCAACUUCCUUGUCGUCAGAGUUCCCGGAGUUACUGUCUCUUCGGAUAAAAUAUGCAGAGAAAGAUUACGAAUCUGGACAUACAAACAUAUCAGCCAACUAUACAGAGAGUGUUUUGCCGGUGGAAAAGUUCAUGUGCUAUCUGUCCUAUACAAAGGGAAGGAACAACUACUACAACGCUGUUCUUCUACAGUCUUUCACUGAAAAUGACUGUCUAAUCAGCGCUCAGUACCCACUUCCUGACUACACUGAAGACCUUUUGAGACUCAUCAGAGAUUUUGAUGCUCGUGUUGUGGUUUUCCUAGGUCUUUUGAAAGAAAUAAAAUCUUCAUCUCUUUGGGUUCCAUCAAAAUCAGAAAAUAAAACAGUGGGCAGUUUUGUACUUAAUCUAGCAACAUCAACAAAUUCAAUAAACUUUACAACCCGGAAUAUAGUUUUGCAGCCAAAGGGAGGCAGCGACAUGACACUAACUGUAAUGGAAUGCAAGACCUGGAAAGAAGGAAGGUUUCUUACCGACAAAAGAGUCUUACUUGAUGUGGUCAAAGAGGCAAAAUCAGAGAAAGAUAAGCAAGAGGGGAAAAUACUUGUUUUGUCCAGUGAUGGAGCUACACGUUGUGGAGCAUUUGCUGUUGUCUAUAACGCUCUGGAACAACUCUCGAUGGAUAAGGAAGUGGACAUCUUCACCAUCACACGACAACUUCAGAUCCGUAGACCGGAGUUUGUGUCUACUUUGGAGGAGUACCAGCUUUGUUAUGAUGUCCUUGCAGAAUACAUGCAGAAUGACAGUGUUUACGCGAAUUGUUAGACAAAGGGAAGAAACUUUUAU